GAAUUGUUACUGAGGGCCACAGAAUUGUUACUUAGGGCCACAGAAACGUUACUCAGGGACACAGAAUUGUUACUGAGGGCCACAGAACCGUUACUUAGGGCCACAGAAUUGUUACUCAGGGACACAGAAUUGUUACUCAGGGACACAGAAUUGUUACUGAGGGCCACAGAAUUGUUACUUAGGGCCACAGAAUUGUUACUCAGGGACACAGAAUUGUUACUGAGGGCCACAGAAUUGUUACUUAGGGCACACAGAAUUGUUACUAGGGCCACAGACACAGAAUUGUUACUCAGGGACACAGAAUUGUUACUGAGGGCCACAGAAUGUGUUACUUAGGGCCACAGAAUUAAUCGUUGAAUUAAAGAGUAUGUCAGACAACAUGCAGAGGAGUGGCAGAGGAGGCAAUGUUUUAGGAGCGAGCAGACGUGGCAGCAGAGGAAGGGGUCGAGGCAGC